AUGCCGAAUGGAGAUGGUGGGUAUUUCUUUGCCCGGCACCGGAGCCUACCCGAGGAAGAGAGGCCACAAAAGCAAUCUGCGGAAUUUUGUUUCACUCAGACUUUAAAGCAGAAGCGUGAAGACAGAACAGAUUUCUUUCAGAGAGCGGCGAAGAUCCUAAAGAAGUUCAAUCCACUGAGCGAUGAUUUCACACAGCAAACCUUGUACUUUCUCCAGCAACAAUUCAACAACAUCCGUUGGAUGUUGCAAGAGACCGCAAUUCCCCUCGAUGUCGACGAUGGCAUUCUUGAUGCCAAUGUUUCUACAGGAGCCUUGCGAGCCCUUUUCCUGGCCAAUUAUUACCUUUGUGUGGUCCCUUUGAAGGUGCAAUUUCUGCGGCUGGAUGAAUUCAGACCGGUGCAGCCCACUCGAGAGGAGCUAUAUCAGGAGGUUUGGCAUGAAGAGCAUCAGUUGCUACAGGAAUUGCGCUUCUGGGCCAAGGACUUCGGGAAGUCGCGAGGAAAACAUCGACGCUUCGCACCGCAUUCCCUGUGUCAAAGUGGAUGGUGGAAGGCACCGGCACUCGCAGAUUGCAGUGAGCAUUUGCUGACAGCUUUGCGCACCUGGGACGUGUUGCCAGGUGACCAGGUCCCAGAUCUUCUUCCACGUGCUGUCUGUACCUCCUCGGCCAUGCUGGAGGAAACGGCCAUGGAACAUUUGAUGUGGAGCCAUUGUGUCGCAGAUGAUAUGCAGUAUCAUGUGACCUGUGCAUACAACCAGCUCUACACCAAGCGAGAUCUGGAUGAGGCAGCGGCGCACUUACAAGUGGCAUCUCUGGUUGCCAUGCUCUGUGAUGGCUGCAGGGUGGAUGGUCAAGGAUUUUCAUCUGUGGCUUUGGAUGAACUGCUUUGGCGCUUUGGACUCUUGGUCCUUGAAGCCUUGCAGCUGAAAGACAUGGACUGGGAGGAGGAGAGGGAAGGAAGGGAGCGACAGGGCUGGUUUCAGGUGUCCUCGUCUCCUCCUCGCACUGCCUGGCGUGGCCACGAGCCGUUGCAAGCGAUACUCUUUGGACGCUCCAAGUGCCAGGCGGUGCUGAGACCCCCGCUCUGCAUCCAAGAGAAUACCAUCAGAACGGGUGACUUUGUAGCUGACUAUGACUUGGUCACAGAGCGCUUACCCACUUGCCAUUAUGAGAGGCAAAAGGCAACAAGCACAGGGCUACAGCUGAAACCCAUGGAGCUCAAGGAUGCCCAAGACGCUCUGGCCGGAACUGGGCCGGCCAGGUGUUCGGUGGCUCCGCUCGACACGAUUUUGCUGCUGCUUCCUGUGUACCCGAAGAUGAUGGGGCACCUUACCAGUGAAAUGAUCUGGUUGACUGGUGCAUUGGCAUGGUUCUCUGGACCAACCGGGAGGAAGUUGCUGAGAGCUUUAUGGCAAGCAGCUGGUGAGUAUCCGCACAUGGGCCUGCCUCCCGAAGGCCUCUUGCGGAACACCACAGAGGUUCUUUUGGUGCCUUCACCAGGACGAUAUGCGGACCCUGAGCAACUGCUGCUGAAGGACUUGUUUUCCCUUUUGAGCUCCAGACCCAUUCGAAGUUUGCUCCCGAACAAGGAUGGCUGCCGUUGCUACCGCAGGGGUGCCGUUUGGGGAUACCUGGAAGCGCCCUUUUCAGGGCCCGGUGAUUUCACCUUUCCAGACUCUGUUGCCAUGAGAACUGCCAUGGUGAGACACCUGAAGCUGGUGCCACCUGGGAGACAUGCGAGAAAUGCUAUUGGUGUUCUGCUGGUGGAGCGCUGCAAGGAUACUGUGGGUUGCAAGCGUAGCAUCAGCAACCUGAACCGUGUGACGUCGGCCAUUUCCCAGUUGGAAGAUGUGAAGUUGCAACAUGUCAGGCUACAAGAGUUGCCUCUGCUGGAACAGGUUCGGCUCAUACUCGAAACUCAGGUCUUAUUGGCCACCUUUGGAGCGACCUUAGCAUGGCUCCCCUUGCUGCGAAGCAACUCCUUCGUUAUCGACAUGCACCCAGGGCCACCCGAGGCCUUGACGCUCUUUGGCAGUUGUUGGACCGCGCCUCCAGCCGUGGUCCCCGUUGCAGCAACAGCGGCAUCAUGGGACGUGAACCCCAGAAGUGAGUUCGGUGGAUGGGCCAGAACUGCGCAUGUGAACUAUGCCUGCUCAUCUGAGCCUACAUCGAAGAACAGGCGUUGUUUUCGCUCCCUUCGCGUCGCUUCCUUCGAGGUCUGGUCGUUUGAGGUGAAUGUCUCGGAGAUCGUGGCGUUGGUCAACGACGCCAUCGAACGGCUCAAACGACGAUGACGUGGCGAUGGCUCUGACAUAUUCUGACGCAGUGAAGGUCAUGGCCCAUCUGGGCCCAUCUGUCACCAUGGCACCGGAUAGCGGUGAUAUGCUGAUCAUAUCUCUGUCACCUGUUGAAGUCUUCCAGCAGGUCCUGUUUCUUGAGAGGCUCCAACUUGACGAAGUUCGACGUCGUGGCCGUAGGGCCAUAGGCGAUAUCCAUGGCUGAAAACUGCCAUGACGUUCUGUGCAAAUCGGUGGACCUCCAACGAGACUCGUGUUGGAGGUGGAUUCUGCCCAGGGUGGGCAGGGCUUUAAUUUCUGCUGUCAAAGCAGCAACGAAAACAACCGCUACUUGGUG